AUGGCAACCGUGGGUACAACUUUCCCUUUCAUCGUCAUCGUGACCCCUCUGGACUAUCACCAUUCAUAUUUCAUUGCAACAAUAUUCAAGAUUGACCUGGUCUUCUCGACGCCAGGUGUAUUACAUGGUCUAUCACCAGAGCAUAUCUCUGGGCCCGAACCUUUGAUCUGUCAACUUCUCUGCUUGACCAUUUCUAACUACAUCUUUCAAGUAACAAGAAGAGCCAUGCCUCAAAGAUGGGAUGCAAUUGUUAUCGGAUCGGGGAUCGGCGGGAUGGCGGCGGCUGCGCUUUUGGCAAAAGUCGGUGGAAUGAAGGUGUUGGUGCUUGAGAAACAUUCUGAGCGUGGGGGUUUGACGCACAUCUUUCGUCGUGACGGUGCCAGUUGGGAUGUCGGUGUUCACUAUAUCGGCGGCCUGCAGCCUGGUUCACCGAUCCGCGGGCUCUUUGACUUCAUGUCUGGAAAAGCUCUUGACUGGAACCCUAUGCCCGACGACUUCGAGCGGUUCGUGUAUCCUGGGCUGAGCUUUGCCGAACCGUCGGACAAGGAUCGCUAUGAGGAGCGGCUAAUCCAACGCUUUCCUGAGGAAGCCGCCGCAAUUCGGCGUUACUUUGUCGACGUCAACGAAGUAGCCCAUUGGCACACGCGGGGAACCAUGCAGUCCGUGUUGCCCUGGCCACUCAACUUUUUGUUGGGCCAGCGGCGUCGAUUGAGUUCGCACAAGGCAUUGCAGACUACGGGCGACUAUCUGAAUCAGCAUUUCAAGUCAACAGAGCUCAAGGCUUUGCUGGCCAGCCAAUGGGGCGACUACGGUGUGCCUCCGGGCGAAAGUGCCUUCGUCCUGCACGCGCUGGUCGUCAGGAGCUAUUUACACGGAGCGUACUUUCCCAAAGGCGGAGCUAGCCGCAUCGCGAGAACACUUGAGAUGGGAAUCGAAGCAACUGGUGGCGCCGUUAAAGUGUGCCAGAACGUCACAGCUAUAUUUACCGAAGACACGCACGUCGUGGGUGUUAAAGCGAUUGACGGCCGGGGAGCUGAGCCGACCGAAGUCAUCUAUCUGGCACCCAUUGUCAUUUCAGAUGUUGGGGCGGGAGUGACGUACACCCAGUUCCUGCCCACCGACGGCAUGAUCGGGAAACAAACCGCAGACAUCCGCAAGCACUUGGACCGGCUCGAGGGCGGGCUGUCUGCUGUGACUCUCUACCUCCGACUCAGUGGCCCUGUCGCAGCUCUCGGCGUCAAGGGGGAGAACUACUGGGUCAACACGACGUUUGAUCACGAUAGUAUUGACGCGCAGACGGAGGCAAUCCUGGCAGGUAAGCCUCAGCAUGCAUUUAUGUCAUUUCCCUCCGCCAAGUCAGGUGACGACCGUUUCCACACCGCCGAGAUCCUGGCGCUGGUCAAGGCGGAUGCAUUUUCUGCCUGGCGUGGGACAAGCCAUGGGGCGCGGGGAAAGGAGUACAUCGAACUCAAGAACCGGAUCUCACAGGGUCUUCUGGACCUAGGAGAGAGUGCUACUCCGGGGCUCAAGGAAAUGGUGGACUAUUCGGAGUUGUCAACGCCUCUGUCGGUGGAGGACUACACCUCGCAUUCUGCAGGCGCCAUCUACGGGUUUAAAGGGACACCGCAGCUCUUCGCUUCCUCAGUCCUGUCAAAACCAUCGCCCAUCACCGGCUUGCAGAUCAGUGGAACCGAUGCAUCAAGUCUUGGCGUGGUCGGGGCGUUAAUGGGUGGUGUGCUGGCGGCCAGUCGAGUGCUGGGUGCCUUCGGCUUCCUACGCAUCAUGUGGGCGUCCCAUCAUGUCACUCCGACAGCUGAACUCGCCCCGACGGCGGCGGGUCGCUCCGACAAGAAGCGUGCCAUCCUUGUGGGCAAAACCGCACUUACGCCGUUCAUCUGGCGACUUGAAUUUGAACUCGACGAACCCAUCGUCUCAGCACCAGGCCAAUACGUUCUGCUGCGCGUUGCGCCCUUUGAAUGGCGGAGCUAUUCCAUUGCACAGGCUGAGAAGAACUGCUUGAUACUGCUUGUCAGCACGCGCACCGGCGGUGACGGCUCAGUCUUCACCAGCAACGUCCAGCCUGGCGAGCAAACAGAGGUGGAAUUACCAUUUGGGGCUUUUCAGCUGCGGCGUAACACCCACCGUCGGGUUUUCGUUGCAACUGGCACAGGCAUCGCUCCGUUUCUCCCAAUGUUCGUAGCGUUGGCGGCUUCUGGCGAGCUCGAAUCGGCCGAGCUGCUCUUCGGCUGCUAUCACGGGGAAGAUGACAUUACGCACCACUUCAAACCUCUGCCACGAACAACGGUUUGUGUUGACGGCGAUCCAUCUGCAGAGGGUGUCUUCCACGGACGGGUGACGGAUAUCCUCGCCAACCUCAAAUUCGAGCCCGCCACGACGGAUUUUUACCUGUGUGGUGUCCCGGCGAUGAUGGACGCUUGUCGCACCAUCCUCGCACACGCCGGCGCGACGCAGGUGCUGACGGAACCGUUUUGA